AAACAUCCCUCACCGCAUUCGCCCGGCGCGGAAUCAAAUAAGCAAUAAAGCGCAGAAACGAAGACCCGAGAAAUCCAACUUUUGCUGCUGUUGCGAAGAGGAAGAGUUUUUUUGAGAAAAUCGGGACGCGAAUGGAGGAGACGAUCGUGUUGUCACGAAAUGAGAGGGUGUCUUCGGCAAGGAACGAGGGUGGUUCCUGAGGUGUUGUCCUUUGUUAUUCCAAUUGUGUUUUUCUGUUUGGUUUCCAUCCGAGUGCGCGUUGCAAGUGCGUGAGAUUCUAUUGAUAUCUCGUUCAAGUGUGCGUGGGUGUUGAAGGGGGAAAAAGUGCCGUGCCAUAUGUCCGGAAUACGGAAUUAACGGAAAUCGAGGCACACGAAACUUUGUUUCAUUUUAUUUCUUUUUUUCCUUUUUCGUAACGACCGUUUUGGGCAAUUUCUGUGGCCGCACGUAAUCGCACGUAGUAGCAGCAGGAAUCCACGCGGGCCACGGGGAUGUUCCUUUUCGACUUUCUACUGAACGUGACCAGAGUCACGAUGGAUCUGGUACAUAAAUUCGACGUAUUCUCAUUUCUGGAGGAUAUGGAGCAGUAUCUGCACUACAUCGGUGGAGGCGCCGGGGCUUUGGCCCUGACCGGCGUCGCGGCAGCCUCCGCUUUCUAUCUGGCGAGCAGACCGACGACGGAGAGACUUCUGUGGCCGAUAGACGAUCAGGCCCUUCUCGAGGGUCCUGAACAAAUCAGAGUAUCGCGUUUUUCAAAGGACUGCAAAGAUGGAAAAUUCGUGAAGCAUCUGUACAAUGAUGCGACGACGCUGUACGAGUGCUUCAGACGAGGAGCCAAAAUAUCAAAUAAUGGUCGUUGCUUGGGAUGGCGCGAAUCUUUCAACAAACCCUACCAAUGGAUCCACUAUAACGAGACGCUGCUGAGGGCGAAGAACGUCGGUUCUGGAAUGGUCGCGAUGGGUCUGCCGGCCGGCACCGAAACAUUCGUCGGAAUCUACGCUCAGAACUGUCCGGAGUGGAUCAUCGCCGAGCAGGCAAUCUACUGCUACAGCAUGGUGCUGGUGCCUCUGUACGAUACACUAGGACCAGAUGCCUGCGCCUUCAUCAUCAAACAGGUCGAUAUGCACGUGGUGAUAUGCGAGGACGAUCAAAAGUGCAACCUGCUUCUGGAUCGCGCCCCCAAGUGCCUGAGAAGGCUGAUCUGCAUCAAGGAGGUGAGGCCGGCCACCAAGCAGCGCGCCAAGAACCGCGGCGUCGAGAUCGUCAAGUUCUCGGACGUUGAGACCCUAGGAACGAAGAACAAUCAUCCGGAGAUGCCGCCGAAACCCUCUGAUCUCUGCACCAUUUGCUACACGAGCGGCACCACCGGAAACCCCAAGGGCGUGAUGCUGACACACGAGAAUGUCGUCGCCUCCUUCUCAGCGGUGAUGAUGCAAUUCGGCGAUCACAAGCUUAAGAGCGACGACGUCAUGAUCUCGUUCCUGCCACUUGCUCACAUGCUCGAGAGAUGCUGCGAGAACGCUAUGUACAUGGAGGGCGGUGCCGUCGGCUUUUAUUCUGGCGAUAUUCGCCGCUUGUCCGACGACAUGAAGGCGCUGAAGCCAACGAUUUCUCCGGCCGUACCUCGUCUGCUGAACCGCAUCUACGACAAGAUUCAAUCAGAGGUGAGCAGGAGCUGCAUCAAGAAGAUGCUCUUCAACAUGGCCAUGAGUGCCAAGGAGAACGAGCUGAAGCGUGGCAUACUCAGGAGGAACAGUUUCUGGGAUAUGCUCGUCUUCAGGAAAGUGCAGGAGGGAAUGGGCGGACGUCUGCGCCUCAUGCUUGUAGGAUCCGCGCCCCUCGCCGAAAACGUGCUCAACUUCACCAGGUGCGCACUCGGCUGCAUGAUCGUAGAGGGUUACGGUCAAACUGAAUGUUGCGCCCCGAUCACGUUGACCGUGCAGGGAGAUCACAUCCCCGGUCACGUCGGUCCACCGGUAUCCUGCUGCUGUGUGAAGCUUGUGGACGUUCCGGAGAUGGAAUAUUGGGCGAACAAGAGCCAAGGAGAGGUCUGCGUUAAGGGAACCAACGUCUUCCAAGGAUACUUCAAGGACCCGGAGAAAACCGAGGAAACCAUCGACGAUAACGGAUGGCAUCAUACCGGCGACGUCGGCAUGUGGUUACCGAACGGCUGUCUGAAGAUCAUCGACCGCAAGAAGCACAUCUUCAAGCUGUCCCAGGGCGAGUACAUCGUUCCCGAGAAGAUCGAGAACAUCUACAUUAGGUCUCAGUACGUGCAGCAGGUCUUCGUGCACGGCGAAUCACUUAAGUCGUGCAUCGUGGCGAUCGUCGUUCCCGAUGUGGACGUGAUCAAGUGCUGGGCACAGGAGAACGGAAUCCCCGGCACCCUCAGCGUCCUCUGCAAUCAUUCGGAAGUGAAACAACUGAUUAUGGACGAUAUGCUCUCUUGGGGCAAAGAGUGCGGCCUUAAAUCCUUCGAACAGAUUAAAGACUUGUACCUGCAUCCGGAUCCGUUCAGCGUGCAGAACGGCCUCCUCACGCCGACGAUGAAAUCGAAGCGGCCACAGAUCAAGUCGUACUUCACCCCGCAGCUGGAGGAUAUGUACAAAAAGUUGGCAUAGGCCGUUCAUUGAUGGAGAGGGGAAAUUCGCGUAAAAUGGGCGAAACUCGACGAGAGUAGAUGACGCAACACAGGACAGAGGAAGA